CCCCCGUUUCACAUGCCAUCCGUCUCCAACCUCUCUCGACUCCCCUCCUCCCUCCCGUCACGCGCCACCGUCGAGAAGGAAGAGGAGAGAGACCCGGGGAAAAUGCGCGCUCCGCUGAGGCCGCGUUUGGCCCUUCUCGCGCUGAUGGCGGCGGCCUUCGCCGGAGCCUGCUUCGACCGCGCUGGGGCGGCGGCAGCCUACCAUCGCCCGGGACAGCGCCCUGCGGUGUUCAUUCGGGACUCCGACGACGAGGGCUCAGCUUCUCCUCAACAGGUGCAUACAUCUCUGGUGGGUCAAGAUAAAAUGAGGAUCUCGUGGAUCACCCAAGGCUCGGCUCCUCCGACUGUGGAAUAUGGCAAGUCGCCAGGCGUAUACCCGAGUUCAUCUACUGGAAGUACAACUUCAUACAAGUAUGCACUGUACAAUUCCGGGGAGAUCCAUGAGGCAGUCAUUGGUCCGUUGGAACCAAACACGGUAUAUUACUACCGAUGUAGCUCAGACUCGGCCCGCGAGUUCAGUUUCAAAACCCCUCCAGCGCAAUUACCAAUCAAAUUUGCAAUAGUUGGUGACCUUGGACAGACGGGAUGGACCAAUUCGACCCUUCAACACAUAGUGCAAUCGAACUAUGACGUUCUGCUGCUGCCUGGCGACCUGUCAUAUGCUGACUUCUACCAGCCUUGGUGGGACUCGUUCGGCCGCCUUGUUGAGCCCCUGGCCAGCCAGAGGCCCUGGAUGGUGACCCGGAACCACGAGAUCGAGAAGAUGCCAGUCAUCCAUCCCGACUCCUUCACGUCCUACAACGCGAGGUGGCGCAUGCCGUUCGAGGAGAGUGGCUCGGACAGCAACCUCUACUAUUCGUUCGACGUUGCUGGAAUCCACAUCAUCAUGCUCGGUUCAUACACGGACUUUGACCCAAGCUCUGCCCAGUACAAGUGGUUGCAAGCCGACUUGGGGAAGGUGGACCGGACAAGGACCCCUUGGAUAGUGGUGCUGAUCCAUGCUCCAUGGUAUAACUCUAACACUGCUCAUCAAGGGGAGAAGGAAUCGAUCAAGAUGAAAGCCUCCAUGGAAGGUUUGCUCUAUCAAGCACGAGUCGAUGUGGUUUUCGCUGGGCAUGUGCAUGCCUAUGAGCGCUUCAACCGUGUCUACAAUGGAAAAGCCAAUGAUUGUGGUCCGGUGCACAUCACCAUUGGCGACGGUGGCAACCGCGAAGGCCUUGCCAAAAGGUACAUGAAUCCAAUGCCGUCGAUAUCAGUUUUCCGGGAGGCGAGCUUUGGGCACGGGCAACUGGAGGUGGCGAAUGCGACUCAUGCACUCUGGACAUGGCAUAGGAAUGACAACGAUGAGGCUGUGGAAGCAGAUUCAACUUGGUUAACCAGCCUCUCAUCCAACCCUGCCUGUAAAUCUUGAGAAUCUUCAUACAGAGGUAUAGAAACACCCGAAUGUACGAGGAAAAUUGUUGGAUAAUAUGCAAAGUUGGUUCGGGAAUAGAAUACAUAAAUCGU